GGCCAGAAAAGGCCCAAAACUGAAAUUAAGAGCAAAAUCAAACGUGAUUUUUGUGCUUCUUCAAAACACAGAAAAAUUCCCGUUGCAGUAUCGGAAACAAGAGGAAUAAUGGCGAGUGGCGGUGGUGCUGGUGGCAGCGGAAAAGUGUCGUUCAAAGUCACUCUAACUUCCGAUCCCAAAUUGCCAUUUAAAGUUUUUAGCGUUCCGGAGGCAGCUCCGUUCACCGCUGUUCUCAAAUUUGCGGCUGAGGAAUUCAAAGUCCCUCCUCAAACAAGCGCCAUCAUAACUAAUGAUGGUGUCGGAAUUAAUCCUCAACAAAGUGCAGGUAACGUCUUUCUUAAACAUGGGUCUGAACUACGCCUAAUUCCUCGGGAUAGGGUUGGUGCUUCAUGGAUCUCAUUCUGAAUGUUUAGCUCUAUAUUUCAUCUACCUAGGUCUUAGGGAAAUAUCCUUUCCCAAAUGAGUAGCACAUUAUGUUUAGAUGUCCCAUCUUUUAAUGUUGUAAUUUAAGUACAGUUUGAAUAUCAGAUUCAAAUAAAAUGGUUCUGCGACUGCUUUUAUCUAGC